CACCUGCGCCGGCGUCGGGCUCGCGCACGCGCACGACGGCGGCGGCGACGGCGGUUCCUGCCGGGGGCUGCGAGUGGCGGGCGGCUCGGAGGGGAGCAGCGUCGCUGAGGGGCUCGGCGGCAGUGGCGGCGGCUCGGCACGCGUGGCUCUUGGCCCGGCUCGCGCAGCGGCGGGCGUUUCAGUCCGGUUCAGGGGCGUGGGCGCGGCGGCGGCGGCGGCCCGAGGCCUGCGGCCUAGGCCUCAGUGCGGCGGCGGGCUCGAGUGCGGCGCGGGGCCGGCCUGAGGGCCCUACUCGGCGGCACCAUGAGUGUGGAGGCGUACGGGCCCAGUUCGCAGACGCUCACCUUCCUGGACACUGAGGAAGCCGAGCUGCUUGGCGCCGACACGCAGGGCUCGGAGUUCGAGUUCACCGACUUCACCCUCCCCAGCCAGACGCAGACGCCCCCAGGUGGCCCCGGCGGCCCCGGAGGAGGUGGUGCGGGAGGCCCGGUCGGCGCUGGCGCGGGCGCUGCGGCCGGACAGCUGGACGCGCAGGUCGGUGGACCAGAGGGCAUUCUGCAGAACGGGGCUGUGGAUGACAAUGUGGCCAAGACCAGCCAGCUGUUGGCCGAGUUGAACUUUGAAGAAGAUGAAGAAGAUACCUAUUACACGAAGGAUCUCCCUGUACAUGCCUGCAGUUACUGCGGAAUACACGAUCCUGCUUGCGUGGUUUACUGUAAUACCAGCAAGAAGUGGUUCUGUAAUGGACGUGGAAAUACUUCUGGCAGCCACAUUGUAAAUCACCUCGUGAGGGCAAAAUGCAAAGAGGUGACUCUGCACAAGGAUGGGCCCCUGGGGGAGACAGUUCUGGAGUGUUACAACUGUGGCUGCCGCAAUGUCUUCCUCCUCGGCUUCAUCCCUGCCAAAGCGGACUCCGUAGUGGUGCUCCUGUGCAGGCAGCCCUGCGCCAGUCAGAGCAGCCUCAAGGACAUCAACUGGGACAGCUCCCAGUGGCAGCCCCUGAUCCAGGACCGCUGCUUCCUCUCUUGGCUGGUCAAGAUCCCUUCUGAGCAGGAGCAGCUGCGGGCCCGGCAGAUCACUGCUCAGCAGAUCAACAAGCUGGAGGAGCUCUGGAAGGAAAAUCCUUCUGCCACCUUGGAGGAUCUGGAGAAGCCCGGUGUGGAUGAGGAGCCGCAGCACGUCCUCUUGCGGUAUGAGGACGCCUACCAGUACCAGAACAUAUUCGGCCCUCUGGUCAAGCUGGAGGCCGACUACGAUAAGAAACUGAAAGAGUCCCAGACUCAAGAUAACAUCACGGUCAGGUGGGACCUGGGCCUUAACAAGAAGAGAAUCGCCUACUUCACUUUGCCCAAGACUGACUCUGGUAAUGAGGAUUUAGUCAUAAUUUGGUUAAGAGACAUGCGGCUCAUGCAGGGAGAUGAGAUAUGCCUGAGGUACAAAGGGGAUCUGGCACCCCUGUGGAAAGGGAUCGGCCACGUCAUCAAGGUCCCUGAUAAUUAUGGCGAUGAGAUCGCCAUUGAGCUUCGGAGCAGUGUGGGCGCCCCUGUGGAGGUGACUCACAACUUCCAGGUGGAUUUCGUGUGGAAGUCAACCUCAUUUGAUAGGAUGCAGAGUGCUUUGAAAACGUUUGCUGUGGAUGAGACCUCCGUGUCAGGCUACAUCUACCACAAACUGCUCGGCCACGAGGUGGAGGAUGUGAUCAUCAAGUGCCAGCUGCCGAAACGCUUCACGGCACAGGGGCUCCCAGACCUCAACCACUCCCAGGUUUACGCUGUGAAGACUGUGCUGCAGAGACCACUGAGCCUGAUUCAGGGGCCACCGGGCACGGGGAAGACCGUGACCUCUGCCACCAUCGUCUACCACCUGGCUCGGCAGGGCAACGGGCCCGUGCUCGUCUGUGCUCCGAGUAACAUAGCUGUGGAUCAGCUGACUGAGAAGAUCCACCAGACUGGGCUGAAAGUCGUGCGGCUCUGCGCGAAGAGCCGUGAGGCCAUUGAUUCCCCGGUGUCAUUCCUGGCCCUGCACAACCAGAUCAGGAACAUGGAUAGCAUGCCGGAGCUACAGAAGCUGCAGCAGCUGAAGGAUGAGACUGGGGAGCUGUCCUCUGCCGACGAGAAGCGGUACCGGGCCCUGAAGCGCACCGCCGAGCGGGAGCUGCUCAUGAAUGCAGAUGUCAUCUGCUGCACGUGUGUGGGUGCAGGGGACCCGAGGCUCGCCAAGAUGCAGUUCCGCUCCAUCUUAAUUGACGAGAGCACCCAGGCCACCGAACCAGAGUGCAUGGUCCCUGUGGUUCUUGGCGCCAAGCAGCUCAUCCUCGUGGGCGACCACUGCCAGCUGGGCCCUGUGGUGAUGUGCAAGAAGGCCGCCAAGGCUGGACUGUCCCAGUCGCUCUUCGAGCGCCUGGUAGUGCUGGGCAUCCGUCCCAUCCGCCUCCAGGUCCAGUAUCGGAUGCACCCAGCGCUCAGUGCCUUCCCGUCCAACAUCUUCUACGAGGGCUCUCUUCAGAACGGCGUCACCGCAGCGGAUCGAGUGAAGAAGGGGUUUGACUUCCAGUGGCCCCAACCUGAUAAGCCAAUGUUCUUCUACGUGACCCAGGGCCAAGAGGAGAUCGCCAGCUCAGGCACCUCCUACCUUAACAGGACGGAAGCUGCAAAUGUGGAGAAGAUCACCACGAAGCUGCUAAAGGCGGGUGCCAAGCCUGACCAGAUCGGCAUCAUCACACCCUAUGAGGGCCAGCGCUCCUACCUGGUGCAGUACAUGCAGUUCAGCGGCUCCUUGCACACCAAGCUCUACCAGGAGGUGGAGAUUGCCAGUGUGGACGCGUUCCAGGGACGAGAGAAGGACUUCAUCAUCCUUUCCUGUGUGCGAGCCAACGAGCACCAAGGCAUUGGGUUUUUAAACGACCCCAGGCGGCUUAAUGUGGCUCUGACCAGAGCAAGGUAUGGGGUCAUUAUCGUGGGCAACCCAAAGGCCUUGUCCAAGCAGCCGCUCUGGAACCACCUGCUGAACUACUACAAGGAGCAGAAGGUGCUGGUGGAGGGGCCCCUGAACAACCUUCGGGAGAGCCUCAUGCAGUUCAGCAAGCCCAGGAAGCUGGUCAACACCAUCAACCCGGGAGCCCGCUUCAUGACAACAGCCAUGUAUGAUGCUCGGGAGGCCAUUAUCCCAGGAUCAGUCUAUGAUCGGAGCAGCCAGGGCCGGCCCUCAAACAUGUACUUCCAGACCCACGACCAGAUCGGCAUGAUCAGUGCGGGACCCAGCCACGUGGCUGCCAUGAACAUUCCCAUCCCUUUCAACCUGGUCAUGCCACCCAUGCCACCACCAGGGUAUUUUGGACAAGCCAACGGGCCAGCCGCAGGCCGGGGUACCCCAAAAGGCAAGACUGGUCGUGGGGGGCGCCAGAAGAACCGCUUUGGGCUCCCUGGACCCAGCCAGACGAAUCUCCCCAACAGCCAGGCCAGCCAGGAUGUGGCAUCACAGCCCUUCUCCCAGGGCGCCCUGACACAGGGCUACAUCUCCAUGAGCCAGCCCUCCCAGAUGAGCCAGCCCGGCCUCUCCCAGCCCGAGCUGUCCCAGGACAGUUACCUUGGCGAUGAGUUUAAGUCACAGAUUGAUGUGGCGCUGUCGCAAGACUCCACGUACCAAGGGGAGCGGGCGUACCAGCACGGCGGAGUGACAGGGCUGUCCCAGUACUAGAAGGUGGCGGCGGAAGAGCUAAGCUAUGUGGCUUAGUCCAUCAGCAUCUUAUUCUGGGUAAUAAAAAAUAAAAAUAAAUGGAUACCUGUUUUCCACUGCUAAAACUGAAGCACCACUGUGAGCAACAGGAGAGGGAGAGGAGCACCCGAGGGAGAGAGGAGCCCGAGACAGAGCGAGCGCCCACUGCUGGCCCGCGGCGGCGAGGAGAAGGAGAAGGGAGAGCGGGAGGCGGGCGGCCACGGAGGACCGCCCGCCAGCGAGCCCUGCCAGCCCCGCUCGCCAAGGAGGCCCAGCGCUCGCCGCGUCCACACCUGGGUCUGCGACCAGGGCGGAGGGAGGAAGACCCUCAUCUCAGAGUAGCCCUUUCCUCUGUUCUUUUCUUUCUGUUUCUCUUUUAUUGAAAGGGGACUACGUUUUAGCAGGAAAAACUUCGCAUUUCUGUGCCGAGCAGGCUCCUUGCUGGGGCGGCCAUGCCGGGAGAGCCCCGAGGAGGUGUGGGUUCUGUCCACACCAGCUCUGAAACUGCCCUGGUCACGCUGCCUGUGUUCUAAGAGGGUUUCAUUUAAAGAAAACACGGUGUUUUGGGUUUUUCUGUUUGUUUUUUAAAGAUUCUUUCAAAGGAGUACUGAAAAACAUACUUUCCUGAGUUUGUCUCUCAAAUCUUAGUGGUGGACCUGGAAGAUGUGAGAA